AUGGCGGGGAACACGUCGAGUCCAGCCCUGGCAAUUCCGGUACUCGAAAACACGGAGCUGCUUUCUGGGGGCCAAGAAGUUGAAGUACAGUUGCUUCCGGGACAUUCUUCAUCGCACAGGCACGCAGCGAAAGGGACGCCUGGAGGCCUUCGUCGACGUUUUCCCAAGUCAGUAGUGCUCCUCACUCUCGCCUCCGUUGCCGCAGCGAUCUCGGCGGUGUUGAUCUCCAUGCGCACCUACCGGAGUUGUAUGCAGAGAAUUGGAGUCAAGAAAUCCAGAGUUAACCAGCUGAGUGGAUCGUCCGCAGCAAGGAGGCUGGCCGAUAGUGACUCGGAGAGCGACUCAGAGCCGGGAGUCCCUGCAGAGGCCGCCUGCGCGUUAGCAGCUGCCGGGGCGCUGCAGGAUGCGCAGGAGCAGCGGGACCGGCAGGGCGAGACCCCGGAAAGUGAAGCGCAAGGGUUGGGUUCGCCGCAGCAAAGGUUACGCACUUCGCUUUUAUCCGGAAGCGGGCUGCUUGGUCUCGGAGCGUUAUCGGCUGGUGCAGCGGCGUACACUGUGGCGGGAGAUUCGGAUGCCGUUCGGGUGGCCCUGCUCACCGGUAUGGCAGUAAUUCUAGCUCCUCGGCUCACGACGGCGGCAUAUAACCUUUUAAGGCAAGCAGCGGGGUUCCUCCGGCAGGGACAGAACAACGACGAGAGGGGUAAUAACGAAUCAGGCACGGCGGCGAGUGUAGAGUUGGAGUGGGACGGUACCUUUGACGGGCCUUCAUCGGGGGGGGAUCAAGAUAAUGACUUCAACGACCCAGAUUUGGACAUCGAGUGGCCGGUUUUUGAAGAAGAAGAAGAAAUGGAACUAUCGGAUGAAGACGCGGAUGGCCUCGUGUGGGAAGACGACUGGGAACGACACGACCCAGCCGGCAGUGCCGAGGACAAUGCCAGCGCGCAGGCGCGUGAGUCAGGCGAGGAUGGGCAUGAGUCAGGCGAGGACGGGCAUGAGUCAGGCGAGGACGGGCAUGAGUCAGGCGAGGACGGGCAUGAUCCAGGCGCGGAAGACGACUAUUUGUGGGAUGACUAG